CCGGCAGCCACACACACAGAGCGCUAUUGAGGAUUUACAUGACACAUUGAGCUGCUUUAACUGUCAAUGUUGUGUCCUGGGCUGCCUCACAGUGAUUUUAGCUGCUUUGUUUUUAACAUCCACCCUGGAGGGACAGAGGAGGAGUAACGGGAGGAAAACGUGGGAUUUACGGACUGUCCGCUCCUGUAACGGUACUGAAAGUGUUCAGAUAUGGGAGCUGUUCUGGGAGCCUUCUCCCUGGCAAGCUGUCUGCCGUGCCUGUGCAGCAGUGCCACCUGUCUGCUGUGCAGCUGCUGUCCCAGCACCAGGAACUCCACGGUGACCCGGAUCAUCUACGCCUGCAUCCUGCUGCUGGGGACCAUCGUGGCCUGCAUCAUGCUGUCCCCGGGGGUCGAUCAGCAGCUUAAAAGGAUCCCAGGUUUCUGUGAAGACGGGGCCGGCUCCUCUAUCCCCGGGAUGCAGGCCGAUGUGAACUGUGAGAUGUUCGUGGGCUACAAGGCAGUGUACCGCAUCUGCUUCGGCAUGAGCAUGUGGUUCCUGGGGUUUUCCAUCCUAAUGGUUGACAUCAAGAACAGCACAGACCCCCGUGCUGCCAUCCACAACGGAUUCUGGUUCUUUAAGUUUGCUGCCCUGGUGGCAGUUACAGUCGGUGCCUUUUAUAUUCCAGACGGGCCUUUCACCUACACGUGGUUUGUCGUGGGCUCUGGGGGAGCUUUCUGCUUCAUCCUGAUCCAGCUGGUGCUGCUGGUGGACUUCGCCCACUCAUGGAACGAGUCCUGGGUGGAGAAGAUGGAGACCGGCAGCUCCAGGUGCUGGUACGCAGCUUUGCUGGUGGUCACACUCAUCAACUACAUCCUGUCCUUUGCUGCUGUGGUGCUGUUCUUCAUCUUCUACACCCAGCCUGAUGGAUGCUCCAUCAACAAGUUCUUCAUCAGCUUCAACUUGUUGUUCUGCCUCGUGGCCUCCGUCCUCUCUGUGCUGCCUCAGGUUCAGGAGUCCCAGACACGUUCAGGCCUUCUGCAGUCCUCCAUCAUCACCCUGUACACCAUGUAUCUGACCUGGUCCGCCAUGACCAAUGAACCUGAUCGAGAGUGUAACCCCAGCCUGUUGAGCAUCUUCCAGCAGAUAGCAGUGCCCACCCUGGCCCCUCUGGAGAUGGAGAACCAGACAGCUGUGCUGAUCCUCGGCCCAGACACAGAGGAACCCGUCCUCACGUCCCCCUACCUGCAGUGGUGGGACGCCCAGAGCAUCGUGGGGCUCGCCAUCUUCGUCCUGUGCAUCCUCUACUCAAGCAUUCGGUCGUCCAGCACCAGCCAGGUGAACAAGCUGACCAUGGCCUCCAAAGACUCUGCCACCCUUGCGGAGGAGGGCAGCAGCUCUGACCUCUCCGAGGAGUCCACGGGGCCCCGGCGGGUGGAGGAUAACGAGCGGGACCUGGUCCAGUACAGCUACUCCUUCUUCCACUUCAUGCUCUUCCUUGCCUCCCUGUACAUCAUGAUGACCCUCACCAACUGGUACAGCCCUGAUGCAGACUACGCAGUCACCAGCAGCUGGCCAGCGGUGUGGGUGAAGAUCACCUCCAGCUGGGUGUGUUUGGCCCUGUACGUGUGGACCCUGGUGGCCCCCAUGAUCCUCACCAACAGAGACUUCAGCUGAUCUCCAAACUCUGACUACAUUGCCUCCAUCUUACUUUCAAAAUGCACUCACAAUUUAUCCUUUGGGCUUGAGAUUAGUUUCACUAUUUAAAGGGGGCCUUAUUAUAAUAUUAUAAUGACAUCACUAUUUAUCACUCAGGCUUCUAUUGGCUGGCACUCCAACACAUUGUACAUGAUAGAAUAAGUGGCGGGACAUCUCUAAGCGGUAGACCAAUCAGAGCAGACUGGGCUCUGGUUUCAGACAGAGGGUGAAAAGAGGUGCUGCAGCACAGGCAGUAUGAGAAAAAGAAAGAGCUUUAUGAACAUUAAAGUAUGGAGACAUGUCCCAGUAGAGGCUCUACAUACUGAUAUGAACCAGAACAUGAGCAUAAUAUGUCCUCUUUAAUAAAGUUUAGUCAGGUCUAGUUCAUAAGGGUGGCUUUAGGUAUAUACUGUAGUGAUUUCAUACCUAAGACAUCCAAGGACAAUCACACACAGACUCUGAAGCACAACAUUUCUCUCUUUAGUUUGUGUUACCUUAUCUUUAUUGGGGUUCAGGUCCAAAGUCACAUUCUAAUCACAUGCUCUUAAUAUGAAUGUAUGCUGUAACUGUAACACAUAUUAGUUACAUUUAAUCAAAUAGUUUCUACAUUGCAUAAAAAGAUGAAUGUAUUACUGUGUUAAUAAUGAACUGCACUCGGUUCCUUGCUAUGCCUUCCAAUGUCUUAUGUCUGUGAAAUGUUUCCGAUAUGUGGAAAUAUUAGAGUAUUAUGUGUAAUGUAGUGAAGAGUGCUGAUAAACGUGACACACUCUGCAAUAUGACUUCAAGUCAAUUUAAGUGUCAGCCAAACAUUUAUGGACCAAGAUAUUUUUUAAUGUUUAUUUAUCUUUAAGGUGUGAUCGCUUCAGGGUGUAAAAUAAAUCCUUACAAUGGCACAACUGCACUCAUCUCACCAUCAAAGGAUGUAUGUUUAAAGCUGAUAUUAUUUUCUGUGCAUCAUUGUUCGACUCUUAAUGUAUGGAGUAGCUGUAAUGUUAUGUAAAUUAUGAUCUAACCUGUAAGAAUGUCAUUGUUUUAAUCCAAGCUGUGUUUUGUAAAGAGUUUCAGGGAGUGCUAAAUGAAAAGUUUUAUAUGUUAAGACUGAUUUAAACCAAAUGCCUUGUAAACCCAAGAGAUUAACUGGAUGUGAGUUCUAAUCUCAUUUCUGUUCUACUCAAUAUUCAAAACAGAUUUUUGAUGUGCAAAACUGUUAUCAUAAAUUCCUUUUUGCACCAUGUUAUCAUUUUUUAUGAUCAAUAAAAUGUAAUCAUUCUCGUCUCUUUUAAAUGAUCAUCAAUAGUCAAUAAAACUGAGAAUGCAGGGUCUGUUUUGUUAUAAUUUAGCAGGGCAGUUUGGCUUUUAACAAAGCUGUCUACAUGGAAACGCUGUUUAACAUUUAUUGUGCAAACACUGUAAAAUAAUAAAAGCAGUU